AGUUUGGGUUCGGGAGGCGGACACCCUCUCUAUUUUUAAGACCAGGCUUAAAACCUUCCUUUUCGACAAAGCUUAUAGUUAGGGCUGACUGGGUGACCCUGACGGGGUGAGCUGGUGUUUUCAUUUGCACAACUGACUUCCCCUCUUGACGUCCCUUUAGUUUGCCCCUAGUUAUGCUGCUAUAGGCCUAGGCUGCUGGGGAACCUCUCUGGAUGCACUGAGCCCUUCUCUAACUACCUAUGUAUUUACUAUAUAUACCAUUACUGCAUUACAUUCACUCUGUUUCUUUCUGUGUCCUUUCUCCGAGUGUCCCUGGUCCCAGAGCUGGAUGCUGGAUGCUUCAGAUGUGUGGCUGUGUUUUAUGGUCCUUGUGUCCCACCCCCCCACCUCUCUAUCUCUACCCCUCUAUCUGUAUCCCUCUAUCUCUAUCUCUACCCCUCUAUCUCUACCUCUCUACCUCUUCUGUCCCUCUCAACCCGCCCGGCCAGCAGGCAGAUGGGUCCCCCCACAUUAGAGCCGGGUUCUGUUCGAGGUUUUUUUCCCUGUUAAAAGGGUGUUUUCCUUGCCACUGUCGCCUUUUGGCUUGCUCUGGGGGUCAGGCAUAUGGGUUCUGUAAAGCGUCUCGAGACAAUUUGACUGUAAUUGGCGCUAUAUAAAUAAAAUUGAAUUAUUAAAUAAUGGAAAGAAUUUCCACAUGAUUAAACAGCUCUCUUUCAGCAUCAAGCAAUUUUGUUGGGCCAACUUGAUCCACUCGGGUUGAAGUACCCUAGUUCAAAAUAGUUGGAUCAACCCAAUUCAAAGGCAUGAACCCAUACUAAGUAAAUUAAGUUGGAUCCAAACCUUGCGAACAAGUUGAAUGGACCCUAAUAAGUGAAGUUAAACUAACCUCAGUGCCUUAAGUUGGAACGAAAGAAUUGCUUAUUGUUUAAAGUAAGCCAUUUAAUCAUGUGGAAAUUCUUUCCAUGUUUUUUUUAAGUUCAUCCAAAACCCACAAUGAUCACAGAAAUAAUUUGAAUCUGACAAAAGUAAUAAUAAAUAAAAAUUCUAUGAAAAUUAACCAUUGAAAAUCAGACAUUGCUUUUGAACCGUGGUUCAACAGAAUUAUUUUAACAAAUAAACUCAUGAAACAGGCCUGGACAAAAAUGAUGGGACCCUUAACUUAAUAUUUAGUUGCACAACCUUUUGAGGCAAUCACUGCAAUCAAACCAUUUGUGUAACUGUCAGUGAGACUUCUGCACCUCUCAGCAGGUAUUCUGGUCCACUCCUCAUCAGCAGACUGCUCCAGUUGUCUCAGGUUUGAAGGUUCCUUCUCCAGACACCAUGUUUCAGCUCCUUCCACAGAUGUUCAAUAGGAUUUAGAUCAGGGCUCAUAGAGGCCACUUCAGAAUAGUCCAAUGUUUUCCUCUUAGCCAUUCUUGGCUGUUUUUAGCUGUGUGUUUUGGAUCAUUAUCCUGUUGCAAGACCCAUGACCUGCAACUGAGACCAAGCUUUCUGACACUGGGCAGCACAUUUCUCUCUAGAAUACCUUGAUAGUCAUGAGAUUUCAUUGUACCUGCACAGAUUCCAGACACCCUGUACCAGAUGCAGCAAAGCAGCCCCAGAACAUAACAGAACCUCCUCCAUGUUCCACAGUAGGACAGUGUUCUUUUCUUCAUAUGCUUCAUUUCUGCAUCUGUGAACAUAGAGCUGAUGUACCAAAAAGUUCCAGUUUUGUCUCGUCUGUCCAUAGGACAUUCUCCCAGAAGCUUUACGGUUUGUCAACAUGCAGUUUGGUAAAUUCCAUUCUGGCUUUUUCAUGAUUUGUUUUCAACAAUGGUGUCCUCCUUGGUCGUCUCCCAUGAAGUCCACUUUGGCUCAAACAACGACGGAUGGUGUGAUCUGAAACUGAUGUACCUUGACCUUGGAGUUCACCUUUAAUGUCUUUAGAGGUUGUUCUGGGCUCUUUUGUUUCCAUUCCUAUUAUCCAUCUCUUCCAUUUGUCAUCAGUUUUCCUCCUGCAGCCACAUCCAGGGAGGUUGGCUACAGUCCCAUGGAUCUUACAUUUCUGAAUAAUAUGUGCAACUGUAGUCACAGGAACAUCAAGCUGCUUGGAGAUGGUCUUCUAGCCUUUACCUUUAACAUGCUUGUCUAUAAUUUUCUUUCUAAUCUCCUGAGACAACUCUCUCCUUGGCUUCCUCUGGUCCAUGUUUAGUGUGGUACACACCAUGUCACCAAACAGCACAGUGACUACUGUAACCCUAUAAAUAGGUCGACUGACUGAUUACAAGUUUGUAGACACCUGUGAUGCUAAUUAGAGGACACACCUUGAUUGAACAUGUCUCUAUGGUCACAUUAUUUUCAGUCUUUUCUAGGGGUACCAUCAUUUUUGUCCAGGCCUGUUUCAUGAGUUUAUUUUUUUUGAAUAAUUCACUUGAACCAUGGUUCAAAAGCAAUGUCUGAUUUAUUUUUUAUUUUUUUAUUAUCCCUUAUUAAUCCCACAAGGGGAAAUUCAGAUUUUCGCAUCUGUCCCUAAUUGGGGGAGAGCGACGGGUCAGCCGCGGUACAGCACCCCUGGAGCAGGAAGGGUUAAGAGUCUUGCUCAAGGGCCCAACAGUGGCCACAUCGGGGCUUGAACCUCUGACCUUCUGAUCAGUAGUCCAGAGACUUAACCGUUGCGCCUCCACUGCCCCAUUGGUUAAUUUCCAUAGAAUUUUUAUUUAUUAUUACUUUUGUCAGAUUCAAAUUAUUUCUGUGACCAUUGUGGGGUUUUCUUUCAUUAACCGAGGGGUACCAACUAUUUUGUGCACGUGUGUACCACCAUUCAUCAUGGUUAAUAUUGGUGUUUGUGAAGAUGUGCAGCGUUUGGUGUUCAUCAAACAUACUGUCCAGUCUGAUGGCUUUAAGGGGUCAUAGGUAUCUUGGUGGCCUCCCUCACUCGUAACUUUCGUUCUUGUAACUACAUCAGAGGAGUCUUGGUGGCUUCCCACCCUUAUUCCCUUUCUUGUAACUCCUUUAGAGGAGUCAUAGGUGUCUUGGUGCCUUUCCUCACUAUUAUAUCUACUGCAGUUCUGUCAGAGGAGUCAUAAUUGUCUUGGUGGCCUCCCUCACUAAUCUGUUUCUUGUACAGUCGCUCAGUUUUUGGGGAUGGUCUGUACUUUGAAGAUUUACUGAUAUUCCAUUUUCCUUCCAUGUCCUAUUGAUGGAUAUAACUCGACUCCAAGAGAUCUUCAGGAACUUGGAGAUGUUGUUGUCUCCAUCCUGGUUUCUUGGAGUGUUCUAUAGUCUUCAUGGUCUAGUAUCCAGGAGUACUGAUCCACCAGGGACUGGACCUUAAUAGAUCCAGGAGUCUUUAUCCUACAAUCACUGACUUCGGAUGAUCUGGUUUGGGAUUAAGUGUUGUAUAGAUAAUAUAUGGAUGGAAAUUAUUGUCCAAAAAGAAGCCAAACUAAAUCAAUCUUGAUUCAGUUUUGAAAAGCAGUAAACAGAGGACACCUCCAUGUUUUUCUAGUCAGUGUACAGCGAGUCUUCCAGUCAGCUGGGAUGUAUUUCUGCGUAUCUAUCUGGAGGCCGCUGAGUUUGGAGAAAUCUUAUGUGAGUGACAAAGAUCCUGCAUGUUGUCAGCCGGAGUCGGUUGUCCUCACUGCAGAUUUACAGCCGAGCGGAGACAGCUGAGCUGGCGGCACCGAGGCUCAGAUCUAUUUCCUGUGGAGGAACGUUUGACACUCCUUCACACUGUUGGCUAUAAAAAGGAAAGCCUGUUGGCAUCUCAUGAAGCGCUCGGCUAUAACAUGAAAAUAGUCCAGUCUGCUUCAGAACACGCAGGACCGAACAUUCAUCUAAUUUUCAACAUUUUCUUUCACUAAACGUCUUCUUGCAUCCCCACCGGAGAGACUGUCAACAAAUCAACGAAUGUCCUAAAGAGGAGCUGAUGUUCAGCUGGAGUUAGAGGUUAAACUCACAGGGCCAUGCAAGAGGGGGAGGUGCUGAAAACAUGAAGAAGAAGCAACAGGAAGGGAAAGAGAGAAACCCCCAUAGCCGACAGCAUGUCUGCUAUUUGUGGAAGAGGGACAAGGAGUUUCUGGUUGCAUGAAGAUCCAGUAGAAGGUCUGACAGGCAUGAUGCAGGCGGUCCCAUGAUGGAUGUACAGGUCGUCACUUUCACCAAACUGUAACGCUGUGGACACAAAAUGUAAACCACGGAAAACCUGAACAAUUAAAGUCCUAUUCAUCAGAUAAAACUGGAGAUAUUUUAUCUUCUUAUUUCUGUCACACAUUCAACCAAUAAUUAAUAUAAAACUUCAACCUUCACUCCUUCUUCACCUUUGUUGUCCCAAAACUAUUAAAAAACAAGUUGUUCUGGAACACGAGUUUAUUUUGAGCAAAUCCCACACAUGCUGUUGGCUCGGCCGGUUUUUAAAAUAAAACUAUAGAUCUGUGAAAUAGUUCUGAGGCUACACUUUACUGAAAACAAAAAAACAAAGAAUCUAUUGUGUUUCUACAGAUAAUUCUUGUUUUAUUGCAUUUAAAUCAUUUAAAAAAUAUCAUUCAUUUACUUUAUUUGCUGUUAUUUUCCCAGUUGUUGUUUUUCAGUUUUUGAAUAUUCCAUCAAUUUUUAAACAUAUUUUAAGGCAUCAAAAAUUCAGUAUUUUUCAUAAAUUUUAAUUUUAAUCUAAAAUUACAAAACUUUUCACUCCAUUUCAAUCACCAUAAAGUAUGUGACAGAUUUCUGUUGAGCAAAGAAUGAGUGGAGGAUGGUAAAUAAUUUUUUAUUUUGUUUCUUGUUAAAUUACAGAUAAUAACUAUUAAAAUUACAGAAGCAAAAAGUUCAUUUACAUGACUGUAAAAAAAAGGAAAAACAGACCAGAACUGUAAAUAAUGCGAGAUACCAAAGAAAAGUGGCACAAACAUGCACAAAACAACACAAAAAGACAGAAAAUAAGACAAAACACCACAAGCCAAAAAUAAACGAAAAAAAAAACAGGACAAAAACAAAACACAAAAUGGAACAAAGUAGACACAAAAGACGAACGAGACACAAAAUACUACACUGAACGUACAAAAUGACAAAAAUGAGACACAAAACCACAAAAAGUGAGGCAAGACAAAAACAGGUGAGAUGCAAAAAAAGUGAGACAAAUGAGACAUGUCUGAGACGUUUUUGAAUAUUUUAUAUACAGUCAUGGAUAAACUUAUUACGCCAGCCUGGUUUUCUUCAAUUUCUUGUUCAUUUCAAUGCCUGGUACCACUAAAGAUUCAUUACCUGAAGAAUACAAUGAACAGGACUUUAAAUGCAGCUGAUUCCAUAAUACUUUAUGUCCUAUCUGACCUGCUUCAGCUUCAUUAUAUUCCAGGGUCUAUAAGAGGACAUUUCAAAGAUCUAGAUUGGUUUCCUGCUGACAUUCAAGCCAUAGCACAACUCAGAAGCUGUCAGCUCUCAUAUAACACCUAAAACUAAAGAAUUAUGUGAAGCCACAAAGGCAGCCAUCAUGAGUGAGAGACAGAGAAAAAACUGAAGAUCUCCAAGACAGCCGUUCAUUACACCAAGAAAAAACAAGCCUAACAUGGUUCUACCAAACUGCUAGCUGGUCAGGAAACGUCUUUCUACCCACCAGAUGACCGUCACUCAUCCGUUCCUGUGUCAAGAAUCAUCCUCAGACCUCCAGCGACCUUAAAAAUGAGUGGACACUGUGGAGAAAUGGGACUUGUUGGACAAGGACAGUUGGAACGUGACUUGUUGAAGCUGGUCUGAAGUCCCACAGGGCAGGAAGAAGCCCUUCAUCAAGGAAAGGCAGAGGAAAGCUGGUUACUCUUUGCUGGGAUCACAAGGAUUGGACUGUUGAUGAUUGGACUAAGGUUCUCUUCAGGGAUGAAUCCAGUUUUCAGUUGAUGUCCACUCCAGCCAACUUACUGGUUAGGAGGAAGCCUGGAGAAGCUACAAACCAGACUGUCUGCCCCUACAGUAAAACAUGGGGGUGGAUCAGUGACCAUCUGGGGUAGUUUCAGUCUGGGUGGAACAGGGUGAAUGAACCACGUCAUGUUUGGGGCUACUCUAGAAAACAGUCUUCUUCCAUCAGCUGGAAAACUCUUUCCUGCCUCCAAUGACUGGAUUUUCCAACAAGACAAGGUCAGUUAAAUCCUGGAUGGAGAACCAGAACAUUGGACCCAUGCCUUGGCUGCUCAAUCACCAGAUCUAAAUCCAACUGAAAACCUGUGGAAAAUCAUCAAAUGCUAAAUGGAGAACCACAAGCCCCAAAACAAAGCAGAUUAGUUAGAAUUAGUGCAACAGGAAUGGGCUGCUGUGAUCAGAAGCUGGUGGAGAGCAGCUAAGACGCAUGGCUGCAGUCAUCAGAAACAAUGGUUAUGAAUCAGUACUAACUCCUGUGUGGAUCAUGGGACUAAAACAGACAGAAAAGAAAACAUGGAAUCCUAAAAGCUGUUUUUGGCAGAACAAUGCCAUAGAUAUGGAUGGAAGAACUGAAGAGAUUUUGGUUAUUAUCAAGAAAACCAUGGAAAAUGUCUGAUAUCAGCUCUGAAAUUAAACUCUUAUGAGCUACUUUUGUUGUUAUCAUUAUAUUUGUCCAAAGAAAUGUUGCUUUAGUUGGACCAGGCAUUAAAAUGAACAAGAAAUUGAAGAAAACAAGGGGAGGGUGGUCUGAUCAUUUUUCCAUGACUGUAUUUUUAUUUCAGUGUUCUUCAGGAUGGACUCAUUAACACUCAGUCAUGUUUCACAGAUCAGAUGAAUUAAUCAACAGUAGAUCAACAAAUCCAUAAAAGAAAGAAUGAACUGAAAAAGGACAGAUGAGCUUCACGUUCUCGGUUUAGUCGACCUGCUCUACAAACCUCAUUUCCCCACGGCGACCGUCGUCACGGUUUCAUGUUUUCUUCUCGCCCUCUGAGCUACAUGGGGGGUCAUAACUCAGCCGCCUCCAAAAUGCCGGUGAAAUUCCUGCCAAUGCCUGGGACAGGUCGCUCAAACACAAGCUGUGAAAACACAGAGGGCUGGAAUACCAGGAGAAGAGCUGCGUGGUUCCUGCAGAACAACGUGACUCUGCACAGGAACACCUUUGGUUUUAUUGCAUUCUAAAGAACAGAGAAAAACUCUGGAGAAUUUCUGACCUUUUAGGGGAAGUUUUUCAUUCAGCAGCAGAUCUAGUAAGUCCUGAUGUCCUCAGCGACUAUUUAUAGGAUGGCGUUAUCUGCACCGCGGCAGAGCAGCAUGAGGCGGCUGAGCUGUGUCAGAUUAGAUUUAAGCACUGCAUUUUUCAUCUUUUUACCUAGAAAUGGAAAUAAGAGUCAGUCAGGUUUGAAGAAUCAAGAAGAAUUACUGGAAUGUUGCAGCCAUGUCAGUCCGAUACAGACGAUCAAGUCCAGAGAUUCAGAUGAUAUUGUGCCUUUUUAGGCUAAAAUUUUCAAAGAACUUUUACAGUUUGAAUGCAGCUGCUAAUGUUUACAUUCAGACAGUGAGUAUUUGAAUAGUUUUAUCAUAAGAAAAUGUUAUAAUUCUAUUUUGCAUAAGUGUUCAACAAUUUUCAUCAGAAAAUUAGACAAAAAUGAGACACAAAAUGAUGCAAACCAGACAGAAAACACAAAUCAGAAACAAAAUAAUACAAAACUACCGGUACACAAAAGUGAAAUAGCCUACAUAAAAAACUGAGACACAAAAUGACAAAAUAUGACAAAAAAACAACAAAAAUACACAAAUGAGUGGCAUUCAGCUGCCAAUGUUUGCAUUCUUAAUAUUUUAAUCAUUUUUCCGUAUGGAAAAGCGACAUUAUUAUUAUUAUGCAUAAAUGAGUGAACAUGAUGAAGGUAUAAUUAAUGUCAUAAACCGGUAAAAAUGAACGUUUUUUAACACUUUUCUUUAAUAUUUGUAAACAAUUUAAUGUUACAAAUUUUUUCCUGAACCUUGAAUCCUCCUUUUAUUGUAUUUUAUAAUAUAUUUAUUAUAUAUUCUUCCUGUCCAGUUUCCAUCGAACCUCCAGAGCUGAAGAGAAAGCAGGAAGAGUUUGGAUUGGAGUUAGUAUGGGAAAGAAAGACGACAUCCAGGAAUCCUGGAGAGACGGCAAUGAAACCAAAACUGAGUCCGGGACGAAGUCAAAGACUCACAAAACACAAAACUCCAGCGUGGAAAGUUUCACCUCGUCUGAAGACGUCCUGCUGGACUCGACUCGUCCUGCUGCCGGAUGGACAAAGACUCUGGAGGGAACCAGCUGUGAGGACGAUGAAGAAGGUCACCUGGUCUACAGCGCUGGACUCCUGAUGAACGACCGAUAUGAGCUGGUUUCCACGCUGGGAUCAGGAGCGUUUGGAAAAGUAGUGGAGUGCAUCGACCGACUCAACGGAAAUCAGCGCGUCGCCGUGAAGAUUGUGAAGAACAUCGAGUGUUUCUGUGAAGUGGCCAGGUCUGAGAUCGCAGUUCUGGAGGAGAUCAACGGUCUGGACGACAACAACAGAUUCGCCUGUGUGAGGAUGCUGGACUGGUUCGACCACGAAGGUCACAUCUGCAUCGUGUUGGAGCUGCUCGGCCUCAGCACCUUCGACUUCCUCCGACAGAACGACUUCCUGCCGUUCAGCGUGGAACAGAUCAGACACAUGGCCUUCCAGAUCUUCAGAGCCGUCUGCUUCCUGCAUAGGAACAAACUGACCCACACCGACCUGAAGCCAGAAAACAUCCUGUUUGUUUCAUCCGAGGUCAACACCGAGGCGAGUUGUACAGAGAGGAAGCUCGGGAAUCUGGAUGUGAAGGUUGUGGAUUUCGGCACCGCCACUUUCGACCACGAAUACCACGAGUCUCUGGUGUCGACGCGUCACUACCGAGCUCCUGAGGUCAUCCUGGAUCUGGGCUGGAACCAGUCCUGUGACGUUUGGAGUCUGGGCUGCGUUCUCAUGGAGUUCUACCUCGGACGAACUCUCUUCCCGACACAUGAUAGUAAAGAACAUCUGGCCAUGAUGGAGAAAGUUCUGGGACCGAUCCCACCACAUCUGCUGAAACAGACCAGGAAGCAGCAUUAUGUGCAGAGCGAGCAUCUGAACUGGGAAGAUCAGAACUCCUCCGAUGAUCACAUCAGGACACACUGUCAGCCGCUGAAGCAGUACAUGGAGAGGAGGAACGAGGAGGAGCGGCAGCUGUUUGACCUGCUUGGCUGCAUGUUGGAGUACGACGUCUGCAGACGGAUCACGCUGGAGGAGGCGCUGUGGCAUCCCUUCUUCAGCCCGAUGAGGACGCCAGAGCAGCAGCGCAGCUAGAACACACUGUACUUCAGUUUCAUUCACUUUUAUUUCACAUGUCAUCUCACAGUGCAUAGAGAGGCACAGACCUUAGGAAGUUCACACAGAGAACCCAACAAUCCACAGUUGGCUUUGGAUCCCCUCUGAGCAAGCAGUCAGCAACGAUGGAAAAGAACAAAAAAACCCAAGAAAAGUACUCAGAGAGUGCAGACUCCUCCAAGGCUGCUCAGUGGUAUCAUUUCUAACGGCUGAAAUCUUGAAAAAAGUUGUGGCAGAAAUCAGGUCACCAUAGAAUGUGUUAAUUUAAUAUAGAUUUACCCACAAAAACACAUUUAAUCAGUUGUUCCUUGGAUCAUUUCUGACGGGUAAGUCCUGAUAAGUCCUCAGUGGUGGAUUUGUAGUAGGAUCACAUUCAUGUGAUCGUCAGCAGGCAGCUGAUGUAGUGUUCACUUGUUGUCAUAGUUACUGUGACACCGUGCCUCUAUCUGGCAAUGAUACAGAAAUCUUUAACAAAUCCGUGGAUCCAGACUAAAAGCUGCAUCACUGCCAGAAUCUAAUCACUUGGUCCUUGUGUCAUUUCUGAUCUUCACUGGAAAUUUCAUCCAAAUCUGUUGGUCUGUUUUUGAGUAAUGCUGCUGAUGGACAGACAGAAGCCGAUCGUCACAUAACUCUGCUAAAGCUCCUCCUACUUGGUGGAGUAACCAAAAUACAGAGGGGAAAAAAACACAUCUGACAGAACCAGGCUCAGGGAAGGCUGGUCUGCCUCGACCGGUCAGGUGAGGAGGGAGGAGGGAGGAGGGAGGACAACAGGAAGGCUGGAAUAGGAGGACAACAGGAAUAGGAGGACAACAGAUGGAGAACAAACAAUAAAAAAAAGAACAGUGAAGGUUCUGGAGGUGGUGAGGCCAGCAGUAGUUCCAGAUCCAGAGACAACAACUGGACAGAAUCUUUUCCUGCAACACUAUACAGUCUGAAAUACAGAUUUUGGAACGCACUCACACUCACUGGACGUCUACCUCAGGCUGUAAUUUAAGUUUGCUGAUUACACAAAGAUUUUAAUGUAGGUUUUCUGUUUCAGAGAGCAUUCCUGUAUGUUUGAAUCGUGUUCUGGACAUCACAUCGAGGUCUGACAGUCAGCGUGUUGAAAUGAAUGUAAUUAAUUGUUGUUUGUGAAUAAAUGUGUUAUAUUUUGGUG